AGUGUCUGAGGCCGGAUUUGAACUCAGGUCCUCCUGAUUCCAGGGCCGGUGCUCUAUCCACUGUGCCACCUAGCUGCCCCCCUCAGUCCCUUCUUAAUGGGCAUCGUCCGGUUCCCUUUUGAUUUCCAAGCCUUCCUAUCUCAUGGGGCUUCUUUUUGGGGGUGGGGGUGGGUGCUCAAUUUUGCUGACUAGACCUCUCGAGUCCAUGGAUUCUAAGUGUCCCAGAGCCACCAGGAAACCUAGCUGAGUGGCAGAUAGGACUAGUAGGUGGAGUACCUGUGGCUCCAAGAAGCAGAUGGGCUAAACCAGGUCGAGGAUAACCAUUGGGCCGAGGAUAACCAUUGGGCCGAGGAUAACCAUUGGGCCGCACACCCGUUGGGCAGCCCCCCACGUGGGGAGUGAAGGAAAAGCCGCCUCCCCCUCUGGGAUCCUGCUCAGCCUGAAGAGGAUCAAGACCUGGGUCAAGCAGGAGCCUGAGGGAAUGGCCCCUGGACCCCAGAGACCCCCAGGGCAGGACUCAAUGACAUUCAAGGAUGUGGCUGUGGACUUCACCCAAGAGGAGUGGUGCCUCUUGAGCCAUUCUCAGAAAGUGCUGUACAAGGAAGUGAUGGUGGAAAACUCCAGGAACCUGCUCUUUGUGGGAAUUCCAGUUCUCAGAGAAGAUUUGCUCUCCCAUUUUGAGGAAAGGGAAGCAUCUUGGAUCCUGGAUGAAAAAGGCCCAGAUGCAGAGACCAGAUUUGAAGUGAAUGAAACUACUUUAAAGCUGAGCAUUUUUGUGAAAAAAUCUCACCAGCAAAGAUUCUUGAGUGAUGGUCCCUGUGACUUCCAUUUGAGAAAAAUUUGUGACACAGAUGUCAAGAUACAGAAAACUCAAAAUAGUCACUGUGGAUUUGAUGCAAAGGAUGUCCAGCAACAUUCAGUCCUAAUUCACUGUAAGAGAAUGACGUCAGAAAGUGACUCUUUUCAGGAUAGUGAAGACAGGCAAUGCUUUAAUGAAAAGUUUGGGCUUAUGCAGUCUUCUGAGAAGCCUUCUGAAAUGCAAAUGGAUCAAAGGCAAAUGGCCUUCAGCUUGAGUUCAGAUCUCAUUAGACAUCAGAAGCCUUAUACUGGAGAAAUACUUUAUAUAGGAAAUGAAAAUAGGAAAGCCUUGAGCCAAAACUCAAAACUCCUUGAUCCUCAUAAAAUUCACACUGCAGGAAAACCUUAUGAAUGUAAUCCAUGCAGAAAGACUUCAACACAAAACAGACAUCUUUUGACACAGCAGAAAAUCCACACUGGAGAAAAACCUUUUGAAUGUAAUGAAUGUGGGAAGGUUUUGGCAUAUAGGGCCCUUCUUGUUAACCAUCUGAGAAUCCACACUAAAGAGAAACCAUAUAAAUGUCUUCAGUGUGGAAAGGCUUUCCGAAUGAACUCUGGUCUUGUUGUACAUCAGAGAAUCCACACUGGAGAGAAACCAUAUGAAUGUAAUCAUUGUGGAAAGGCUUUUACACAGAGUUCCAAUCUUUUGAUACAUCAGAGAAUCCAUACUGGAGAGAAGCCUUAUGAAUGUAAUCAGUGUGGAAAGACUUUCAGACAGAACUCCAACCUUACUGUACAUCAGAGAAUCCACACUGGAGAGAAACCUUAUGAAUGUAAUCAGUGUGGAAAGACUUUCACAACAAGGCCCAUUUUUCAUUGUCAUCAGAGAAUCCACAACGAAGAUGAAACUUAUGCAUGUAAUCAGUGUGGAAAGACUUUCACCAAAAAGUCCCCUCUUGCCAUACAUAAGAAAAUCCACACUGGAGAAAAAUCUUUUCAAUGUAAUCAGUGUGGGAAGGUUUUAGCAUAUAGGGCCCAUCUUGUUAACCAUCUGAGAAUCCACACUAGAGAGAAACCUUAUAAAUGUAAUCACUGUGGAAAAGCUUUCCGACUAAACUGUGCUCUUAUUGUACAUCAGAGAAUCCAUACUGGAGAGAAGCCUUAUAAAUGUAAUCAGUGUGGAAAGGCUUUCACACAGAGUUCCAAUCUUUCACUACAUCAGAGAAUCCACACUGGAGAGAAGCCUUAUAAAUGUAAUCAGUGUGGAAAGGCUUUCACACAGAACUCCAGUCUUGUUCUACAUCAGAGAAGCCACACUGGAGAGAAACCUUAUAAAUGUAAUCAGUGUGGAAAGGCUUUCAGACAGAACUCCAACCUUACUCUACAUCAGAGAGCCCACAAUGGAGAGAAACCUUAUGAAUGUAAUCAAUGUGGAAAGGCUUUCCGUGUGAAAUACAGUCUUCUUGAGCAUCAGAGAAUUCAUACUGGAGAGAAACCUUAUAAAUGUAAUGAAUGUGGAAAGACUUUCACAAAAAAGUCCACUCUUGCUAGCCAUCUGAGAAUCCACUCUAGAUAGAAACCUUAUGAAUCCAAUCAGUAUAGAAAGAAUUUUUGAGAACUCCAAUCAUAAUGUAAAUCAAAGAAUCCAUCUUGGAGAGAAACCUUAUGAAUGUAAUCAAUGUAGAAAGGCUUUAAGACAGAAGUCCACUCUUUAUAUCAGAGAAUCCACACUGGACUGAAAACUUAUGAUUGUGAUAAAUGUGGAAAGACUGUCCCAAAAAAGUCCACUCUUUCUACACAUCAGAGAAUUUACACUGGAGAGAAACCUUUACAAUAUAAUCAAUGUCAAUAGGUUUUCCAAAAAGAACUUCAGUCUUGUAUGUCAGAGAAGCCACGUUGAGAAGAAAUCUUAGGAAUGGAAUCAAUCAAGACUUCAAGGAACAGUCAUCCCUUAUUUCCCCUCAGGGAAUUCCCAUUAUAUAUGAAUUUUAUUACAGUAAUGAAUGACUGAUGAAUGUGGAAAGUAGUAGAGUGCUUGUUCAACAGCAGAAAAUUCAUUCUGGGGAGAAGUGUUAUAUGAACUCAACAGGGGAAGGCUUUCAGCCAGAGGUCAUCACUUACUUUUACAUCAGAGAAUUCCUACUGCAGAGAAGCCUUCUGGAUUUGCUCAAUGGGGACAUAUAUUUAUCUGUAAGAUGGAGAUUACUAGACAUCAGGAUGUUUGUGUGGGGAAAGGUGCUGAUAAAAGCAAUGCCUUUUGUUAAUGUCAGGGUCUUUAUGUAGAUCUAAUACAUGAUUUUACAUUGUAGAAAUGUUGGAAAUAAAACUUACAGAACUAAGUAAUGAGGGAAGGCCUUUUGCUGCAGUAUAGACUUUGGUAGACAUCCCAGAUUUCAUAAUUGUUCAGAAUGUUCUAUGAAUAUAAUAAAUUUUUCCUUGUGAUCCUA